UGUCCCCGAAUCUGCCGUCACACUCCAUUGCUCUCGAUCGUUCGUCAAAGGGGCACCAACCUUCCUGCCGUCUUCUUCUUCCACCUCCAGCCUCCAGCUCCCCCCUAUAAAUCCAGCCACUUGACUCGACGACCACACCCAACGCGAUCGAGCUCGCUCGCAGGUUAAUUAGAUAGAGGUGAUGUUAAUCAUAUCAGGGCUAGCUAGCUAGAUUGUGACAGGUGUGGUGUUAGCUACUUGCCAGGGCAAUCCAGAAAGAGAGAGAAGUGAGCCAAUCAUGGGUGAUCAGACCAAGUGCUCGUCGUCGUACACGAGGCUGGGCCUGCGGCGGUGGCCGCGGCCGGCGAGGGGGUUCCGGCUGAGCCCGACGCGCAUCUCCGUGCGCCGGCUGCGUGCCAGGCUGUCGACGCUGCUGGGGCUCCUGGGCCGCUACGUGCGCAACCUGCGGCUGCUCACGAGGGGCCGCGUCGCGGCGGGCAGCAGCUCGCCCCCCGCCGGCGCCACCGGCGGCAGCAGGAGGUUUCUGGUGGGCGGCCAGAAACCAAGCGCCGCCGUCGCCGGAAAGGGAGCCCAUCACCAGGUCGGCGUCAUGGACGGCGGCAACGGCGGCAAGGCGCCGCGGCGGCCGCCGUGCACGCGCUCCAACUCGUUCUACGCGCGCGCCGUCGCCGAGUGCCUCGAGUUCAUCAAGGGCAGCAACGUCGUCCCGCCGGCCUCGCCGUCGCCGCUGCCGCCGCACGGCACGCCGCGGCGCGGCAGCAGGUGCUGAGAGAAGGCGACGACGAUCGACGCCACUAGUUUAAUUAAUUACCAGCAGGUCGUGCAGAUGAGUCCACAUCAGCUUGUAUAUACGCAAGGACCAUCGGGUUUCAUGGUUGGAUGUUUUGUUCUUGUUCUUCGUUUGGAAUCCUGGAUGUUUUUUGUUUCUUUUAAAUUUCCUUCUGUAAGAGUUUUCUGUGCUUCAGUUAGACUUUUUUUAGUGAGAAAAAAGGGUAAAAAUAUGAUGAAGGUC